AUGCAGGACUCAGUAGACUGCCUUGUCCGAGAGUUGGAGUCUUACAGAGGAACAGAUCGAAUCAUCAGGACGCUUUGUUACGGCUCCCAGUUCGUCGGAGGCAUUCUUUCCUGCAAGACAGAUGGUUCGUCUCCUAACCUCGGAAAAAGCCUUCUGCUGUUGUCUGCUCAGCUAAAUCACUGCAGGACAGUGCUGAGACUUUUUGAUGAUCUCCCCAUGCUGGUUUAUACCCACACUUACGGAUUUGGUGCUAAGGAGGAAGACGGAGCCGUGCGCUGGAUAUCGGUCCUUGAGAAUGUGGCCGACCAGCUGUACUACCCGUGUGAACACGUGGCCUGGGCAGCAGAUGCUCACCUCAUUCAAGCAAAGUCUGAUCCUUGGUGGCACUUAAGCAACGCGCUGUGGGGAACCUCGCUGCUGCUUGGCAUACUGAGGUCCCUCCGACUUCUGCUGCUGCUCAGGAGAAAGAGGAGAUGCGAGCUAGAUGGAAGCAGGGACCGUGAGCUCCGCAGACGGAUGCAGUCGGAACUGCUUUCUAUCGUUGGGAAUAUGACGGACCUCAGUAACGCCGUCCACUGGAUGCCACAUGGCUUCCUGUGGGCGGGUCGGUUCCCCACCUGGCUGGUGGGGCUGAUGGGUACCAUCUCUUCUGUGACUAUGUGGAUUCAGAGGAAUGUUGAAGAUCGCAACCAGUCAUGCAGCGCUUAG